GGUACCUAUUUGGUAGCAUAACAAGUUGGACAAUUCACAUGGGCAUUUUUUUCCACCUCCCUUUUGAAACUUUCCUCAUCCAGCUGACACUGCUUCAAAGCCUUAGGCAACUCUCAGACUCAGAGAAGAAAUCUACUGGAGAUACAUAGAUGAACUGGAAGGCCAAUAUGAUAAAAUUGCAGAUGUUGCUGUGCUUGUCUGGCAUCAAAAAUCACUCUGUCCCAUCCUCUCAUGGCUGGCAUCACCUUCAGGACUGAAUGCCUCUCUCUCUUUGCAUGGCAACUGUGUGUGUGACAGAGCAGGAAAGCGCCAAAGGAUGAACUCCCUGGUCAGCACCUCACACCUCCAGCUUGCUGCCUUUGCUCUGGGCACCAUAGGCUGGAUCCUGUGCACUGUUUCUAUGGGAAUUGUGGAAUGGAGAGUGUGGCAUGUGGACAACACCUCUGUCAUCUCCUCUGGCAUUGCCUGGGUGGGGAUUUGGAAAGUCUGCUUCAUCAGUUACCUUUACGUCUCACCUGGCUACAGAGAACAGUUUUGCCAUAAAUUCAGUGGCUAUGACUCCUUCAUCCCCCAUGAAAUUUAUGCUGCUCAGGGUCUCCUGCUGAUCGCCAUGUUCAUGGGCUUGCUGGGACUGGCUGCUACAAUAUUUGCUCUGAGAAAUGUGUACAUGGGAGUCACUCACAAAACUCUCAUUGCCCCAUUCUUCCUGCUGGGUGGCUUCUUCUACAUAUUUGCUGGUCUGUGUGUCCUGAUUCCUGUGAGCUGGAAUUUCUAUUCUGUAACUCACAACCAGAGCAUAGCUUUUCCUCCUUCUUACUACAUGCCCUCCAGUCCAGCAGCGCAGGAAGCUGGCGCUGCCAUUCCUGUUGGGAUUGUGGCUGUCAUCCUCCUGAUGCUAAGUGGGAUAUUUUCUCUCUCAUACAGAUUUCCCAUGACUGCAAACACUAUCAUGAAAUCCUGACAGGACAAAUCUCCCCAUGCUAUUUCAGAACAAGAGCAUAGUUAAGAGAUAAGGACAGUAGCAUGAGUGGCUGUAAAGUUAAGGAACUGCAGAAUUUAAUUUUAUUUUAUAGUAGCCAUGCUAUUUUAUUAUAUUAACCAGUUGAGUCACCAUCUUAGUAUUUACCCAUUAGCAGAGGUUUGUCUUUAAGAUAACUGCUGUUGAGCAGCAAAUGUGAUUAAAUUUUGCCAGUUGUCUUCUUUUGUAUAUACAAACAUUAUUGAUUGUGUGUGUAAAAUGUUUACCAUGCUCAAAGAGCUGACUUUGAAUGAACUGUCCUGUAAGAAAAAUGUGAAGUAAUAUGUAUUAAAUGUGAAUUUCUUUCCUUGUCAGUACUAAGCUCUUUUGUUUUUUAUUUAGUUAUAUCUGUAGCAAAGUAUGUUUCGUGACAAGUGAAGACUUUUAAAACCAAUAAUAUGAUUGUCAUCAUGGUUGUGUCAAAUGACUCUUCCCUGAAUUGUCUUAUAAAUGUCUUGCCAGUUUCUCCUCUUCCUCUAGGGCACAUAAAGAGCCAUUCCUUUAUUGCUUCUGUUUUUCUUUCAAGCUAUUUGCAUUUUAUGUUGCAACAUGUUUGCCUGUGGGGAAGGUGUGCUCUUUAGUUCCUAACUGAGGCAGAGCCAAAAAGUCUGCAAGUGUUUGCUUCUUCAUCUGACACAUCACUGAAUCCAAAUGUAUUGCAAAAGACGGAAAUAACUUGUACAAGUUAUUACAGAACUAAUGUCAAAAUCAGUGCUCUCAGUAACCAGGAGUCCUCAGUGCAACUUUCAGGGUAUGAUUCAUCUGAUGCAGAAAUUUAUAUCUAAACCGGUCACUUCAGGUUCUGUUUAUAAUCAAUGUAGAGACAAAGACUGCCUUUUUCCAAGAUGCCUAAAA